AUGACUAGACCUUCAUAUAAUCAUUUGCCUGAACAACUUAAAAACCGUUAUAUUAUUCAAAGACACGGCUUUUCUUUAGCCAAUAACGAAAAGUUGAUAUGCUCUAACCCUGACAUUGCCAUUCCUCCUACAGGUGGACCGCUCAACACAGGCUACGGUUUACACGAUAAAGGAAAAGAACAAGUAAAGGAGUCGGCUCUUCGUCUUUCAAAGCACCUUUUCCCUUCUCAACAAAAGCUAAACGAAAAUCCAGUUGUCAUAUUCUGUUCACCUUUCAAGCGAACAGUUGAAACAGCAGAGAUUAUCCAGGGCGUCUUAAAUGACACUGUGCUUCAAGGAAAACUAGGAGCACCUAUCAGAAACUUGGAGCUUCGAGAGAGAUGGUACGGUCAGUUUGACAUGACCAACGAUGACAAUUACAACAUCUGUUGGGCAGAUGACGCUGCUGCCCCUGAUCACGGUGAGCAUAGUCAAUAUGAUAUCGAGUCUCCAAGUAGUGUGUGCGAUCGAGCAACUCGGUUCAUUGUAGAUGAGAUUGAAUCAAAAAUGGAAGGAAAGACCGUCAUCUUGGUCGCUCACGGCGAUAUCUGUCAAAUCAUGUUGACUGCCUUCAAGGGCACUGAUGCAUGGAGACAUAGAGAAAUGGAACAUGUUGAUACUGCUCAUUGGAGAGAUACAUUAGACUUUUUAAAAUAA